AUGAAUAAGUAUGAAGUCAUAGGUGUGGUCGGCGAAGGUAAUUUCCUAUCCAGGUGCUUACGGAGUUGUUCUAAAAUGCAAAAACAAAGAAUCAGGUGAAAUUGUUGCAAUAAAAAAAUUCAAAGAUUCUGAAGAAGAUGAAACAAUCCGCAAAACCACCAUUAGGGAAGUAAAAAUCCUGCGAAUGCUAAAGCAUGAAAACAUUGUGCAGCUUAAAGAAGCGUUCAGAAGAAAAGGCAAGCUAUAUUUGGUCUUUGAAUAUGUUGAUAAAAAUCUUCUUGAAAUUUUAGAAGAAAAUAAUAGUGGUUUAGACGUAAAUUUUACAUAGGUCGAAAAAAUCAGGUCUUAUAUAAUCUAUUUCGUAAAAAAAUAUUUUGAUAGAAAAAUAGAUAACAAUUUAGCACAAUUUUAAUAAAAAGCAUAUAUCAACUAUGCAAAUCUAUUGAUUAUUGCCACAAACAAGAUAUUAUUCAUAGAGACAUCAAGCCAGAAAACCUCCUCAUUUCUAUGUAAAAAUUAUUUAGUUCCCAUACAUUGAAAUUAUGUGAUUUUGGAUUUGCAAGAACUGCUCCACAGAAAGGAGGAGCUUUAACUGAUUAUGUAGCAACAAGGUGGUAUAGAUCUCCUGAGCUGCUAUUAGGAGGACAUGAAUAUGGAAGAGAAGUAGAUAUGUGAGCGAUUGGAUGCAUUAUGGGAGAACUUACAGAUGGUCAGCCACUAUUUCCAGGUGAAAACGAGAUUGAUCAGCUUUAUUUGAUUCAAAAAAUGAUAGGAAGUUUGACACCAGAGCAGCAAGAAUCUUUUCAGAAAAAUCCGAGGUUUAUAGGGCUGAAAUUUCCUGAGAUUUCAAAGGUGGAAACUUUGGAGAAAAGAUACUUACUCCUUAUUUUUUUUUAAAAAUAAAUAUGCUUCUAUAAGAAAUUAUUAAAAAAAACAAAUUUAUAAGGCAAGUUAGGAAAACUCAACAAAGUAGCAUUAAAUUUUAUGAACUCUCUAUUACAGAUGGACCCAAACAAAAGAAUGAAUUCUUCUGAAGCUCUCCUGCACCCAUUUUUCAACGGAAUUCGAGAAGAAUCUGAAGCUCGGCCUAUGACUUCACUAGUAUCUCAAAGUGAGCUUGGCAAAUUUCGUGGAAGGUCAGGCCUUGGUUUAUAUCAGCCUCACAUUUUUGUAAACCAGCUAACAGGCUCUUCAUUUACAUCAAAAAUAAAAAACCGCCAAAUUCUCCCUUCAAGCACCCCUACAGAUGCCAAAAAGACUAUAAAAAUCAAAGAAGACCAGUCCGCAUCUCCCCCUCCUCUUCACAAAGAGCCUUACCAUUCAGGCUCAGUUCACCCUACAGAUAACAAAGGUGACUUAAAAUCCAUCAGAAAUAUUCAAACCCGUGACAAUCAGCGCUCAAAAACAAGGGCAAGCCCUUUUAUGUCAGAUCCUAAUGAAUUUGAUACCCCUGGAGUUAUAUAUCAAAACGAAUUUGAACUAAAAAUAGAAAGGCAAAAAAGCAAAGAAGGGAUCAGGGUGUUUGGUGAGAGAAGAAAUAAAAAAAAAAGCGAAGAAGUGAUGUUUAAUAUUUAUGAAGAAGAAGACCAAAAAUUAACGCCAAGGGUGAAAAAUAAUCCUGCCAAAAAGAAACAAGCGGUAAAGCCACUUUAUUCGUAUGAAAUUUCUCAUGAUAAUUCGAUACAAAGAGGACAAAGCAGAGGGGUUUUUAGCAGGGGAGCUGCUGUUCCUAAGCCGCAGCAGAUUUAUCAAGAGUUUUCACAUCAGGAUAAUGAUUCAGGGGAUUUUUCUAACCAUCAGUCUGCAAGACAGCUUCCAAAUAUUUAUACAAGCCACCAGUUUGUUGAUUUUUUGAAAAGACCAGCUGAAAAAAUCCAAAAAAAUAAUGCUAGAGAAGAAGACCCUGAUCUGGGGGGUGGCCCACAAUUUUAUGGAAAUUAUCAAGGAUAUGAAGAAACUUACCAUUUUACCAAGCAAAAUAAAGGUUUUGGAUUCGACUAUUCUUUUUUAUAACGAUAAGGAAAAAAAUCACUCAUAAAAUCAUUUGUGGGGUAUUUAAUUUAAAACAGCCAUAUAAUACAAGAGGAAUCAGAUAA